CCUGCCCCCCUCCACCCCGCUUGGCUUAAACAACAGCCCUAACUUUUGUGUGUUGCAAAUAUAAAAGGAAAACCAUGUGACAGAGGGACAGAAGAACAAAAGCAUUUGGAAGUAACAGGACCUCUUUCUAGCUCUCAGAAAAGUCUGAGAAGAAACGAACCCUUCAUUUUCCCCAAGCUGUGCAGGAGUUGCCGUGAAGGAUUACAAGCAGCAAACCUUUUGCUUCCUCCCAGUGCCAAGGAACACGGCAUCCAAAGGACAAUGACAACCAAGAAGCCUCAGCCAGAUUUUGCAUUUUCCCUGAAAAGAACUAGGUCCUGAGAUUUGAAAAGUGUUUUUUUUUUUUUUUUCCUUCUUCUUCUUUUAAUACUCUACCUCCCUCUGCUGUUAUUACCGGGAAUUUUUUUUUUUUUUUUUUUAAACAACAAUGAGAAAUCAUGUACUAGCAGCAUCGAUUUCAGUGCUCUCUCUGCUGGCAAUUAUGGGAGAUACAGACAGCAAAAUGGACAGCGCCUUCAUGUUGGAUUCGGACCCUGGGCGCUGUAUGAGACAUCAUUAUGUGGAUUCUAUCAGUCACCCUUUGUACAAAUGCAGCUCAAAGAUGGUGCUGUUGGCAAGGUGUGAGGGGCAUUGCAGCCAGCCCUCCCGCUCAGAGCCUCUUGUCUCCUUCAGUACGGUCCUGAAGCAGCCCUUCCGCUCUACCUGUCACUGCUGCCGACCCCAGACCUCCAAACUGAAGGCCCUGAGGCUUCGUUGCUCUGGGGGCAUGAGACUCACAGCUACCUACCGGUACAUCCUUUCCUGCCACUGUGAAGAGUGCAGUUCCUAAGACUUGCCCACUGGAGGCACUCUAAGACUGGCUGGCAUCAUGGCUGCCGCUGUGGGAUUCUUGAAUCCCCAAAGGACAGAUAGCUGCAUGAUUUAGCAGGAUAAUUUCCCUCACUCGAGGCACCGGGGAUAGAAAGGGAAUAGAGAGAAGCAGGGAAGAAGUAACAUUUAUGAUGUGAUUGAUUCACAUUCUACUAAUAGACAUUAUGUGUUUGGUCAAGAGGAAAACACUGGGGAUCAGUUUUGAUAUCUCCCUGGUUUGCUCCUCCCCUUCCCACUCUACCUCCCCUUGGACCAAGUUCUUUAAGUAGUUUUAAGAUUCAUCUUUUCUUCACUUUGCUCUGAAUGCUCUCCACCUCUGAGCACUAGUGGGGAAAGAAGACAGACAAAUGAUAAGCUGUCACUCAUCAGAAGAUCGCUUGGAAGAAAUGACAUAGGGCACAAGGAGUCCCAGAUUUGUCUAUGGAGUCCUUUUCUAUUGUUGACCUUUCAUCUCCAUGUUACAUUGUUCUUGAUUAUGAUUGCUGCUGCUGCUGCUGCUAAAAGUUGUCCUUUGUCUAUUCCAAACACCAAGUAUGUGGACAUGCUUGACCAAGUUUAGCUGGCAUUAAAAAUAAUUAACAAGAAAACUCAGGCUCUCUUUUGGAAUGCUGGAAUAUCUAGACCAUGACAACAACCUGGCUCAUUUAGGAAUGGCUUAGGGCAAUGCAAUGAUAUAUAUUGGGGCAUUUACAUAUAGGAUAUCUUAAAUAAAUUUUGACUGUCAUCAGUCAAAUGAGUUUAAGGGAAGAAUUUCAGACCUGUACAGAUGCAUGUGGAAUAGUUAUAUUCAUGUAUUCAAAUGCUGCAAUUUUAGCUAUCGACCAAUAUGUAUAUGCAUUAUGGCAUAAGCAGCUAUAUUUGUAUGUUCUUCUAAUCUCCCUUUUGUCUAUGUGAGAUCUAGUAUCUCUACCAGAGGCCAAACUGGAGGCCUAAUUCAGUUAUUAUUUCAGCUUUUGAACCCACAGAUGCUUUUGAUCCUCCAGGCAAUUAUUUCAGUCAACUGAGGCUACUAUCAGAUCUGUUAAAUCAUAAAUGCUUAAUUUAAGGAAAAAUAAACUCACUUAGGAUUGAUAACUGGAGAAAAAAAACUUUUUAAUAUAUAAUCUUAUCCAAAUACCUCAUUUUACAGAUGAAGAAGCUGAGAUUCACAGAUACUAAGUAUUUGCCCAAGGCUAUGUAGUGGAUGACUAACUAAAGCAAGAUUCAUAACCAGGUCAUUGACUACUCACGUGGUAUUUUUUUCUCUAUAAAACUAUCUCCCACAAUAGUUUCUUUAGUCAAACUCUUAUAGAGUUAGUAUAUCAUUCAACUUUGAGAUUUAAAAUGCAGUAAGUCCUUGAUGGACCACUAAAUCUAUUUUAAAAUACUUUACUAAUUUAAUAAUUGAAAUAACACAGUUUAAAAGGUUAAAAUAAAACAUUAUUUCUUCUCCUGCAAAAUCAACACAGAAAAUAAAGCAGAAGGCAUUCCCUGAGGACUAAAACCCCUAAAAUGAAGCUGUCACCAUUUCUCUCUCCUCCAAAAUCUUUUAUUAUUUUAAGGUCCUGGAAAACCCUGACCUUCUUAGGGAACCAUUUUAGACCACCUGCCAAUUACAGGGGUUCUUAACCUUUUUGUUGCAUCAUGAAAUGUUUUUAAAUGCAUAAAAUAAAUGUGUAAGAUUAUAAACCAAACCAAAGUAAAGGUGAAAAUAAAGAUAUAUAUUUCUUAAUCCAUUUAAGUUCACAGAGUCCCUGACAUCUCUCUAUGGAUUCUUUGACAAGUCUGUGAACUCCAGGUUAAGAACCCCUGCUAGAAAAACUGGGUGAGGCAGCCUAUAAAAAGGGAAAUACAAGUGAGGUAAGGAGAAGGGCUGCCCAGAAAUAGCCCCACAGGCUACAGAUAGAAACACAAGCCCACUCUCAGAAAUCCCUAUGUAAAACAAGUUCAUCACCUCUUCCCAAAGAUAUUCCUUUAGCCCAGUAUUCAUCCUUCACUCUAAAUAUCCAUAUAAAACCAAUACAGCCCCUAUCACUCAACCCUAUUUUCCACUCAAUGAUCUGUCAUAAUGUGUUCCAUUACAUCUAAUGCACUGACUUACUUGACAUAUAUACUGGCUAUUCUUAUUUGUCCUUCAUUCUCAAAAAAGACCAUGACAUCAUCGAGGUGAUACCAUGACACGGAAGUGAAUUGGAUUCAAAUGAGAGAGGACUAUGCAAAGCUUCACUUUCCCCUCCGGAUCCAUCUGCUUCCAGUGGCAAGAUAUAGAUCAGGACAACUGGAUAUGGCCCUGGAUGUAAUGGGAGAUAACUUUUUCUUAAUAAAGUCUUUAAUAACUCUG